GCGCCCGCCUCGCCUCGCUUCGGCUCAGCAUCUGGAUGGAGACGCCGCUGCUUUGGCUGCCGCUGCUGCUGGGGCUGCUCUCGGCCGUGGCGCCGCUGCGCGCCGUGCAGCUGGACCGGAGCCGCCUGCAGUGGCUGGCCCGCGGGAAGGUGGAGAGCUGUGGAGGAUGACGCUUGAACCGCCUGCCAGAGGUAAAGGCCUUUCUCAACGAAGACCUGCCUUUGUACCACAACAUGGACUUGAAGUACCUGGCUGGAGCGGACCCUGAGCUGAUCCUGCUCAACAUUAAAUUCGAAGAACUUCAGAGAAUCCCAUUGAGUGACAUGAGCCGGGAAGAAAUAAAUCAGCUGAUGCAAGAACUGGGAUUCUACCGGAAAGACACGCCGGACUCCCCUGUUCCCGACGCUUUCCAAAUGGCGCCUGCUAAUUCCCUGCCGUCAGAUGUGGAAGCAAUGAAGAACAGACGUGCGAAAGAGAAAAAGGGGGCGGGGAGUCCAGACCUAUAGAAUUCAACGUGCUCUGCUUGUGAAGGGUGCCUGCUGGAAAGAAUGGGAAGUCUCAGGGCAUUGGCAAUAUCUAAAUAAUCUGCAGCUAUAUAGAUAAGAUCUCCUGUGGUUCGCACACGGCUGAAUUGUGCUGCCGGAGAAAUUAACCUUUAGAGAAGAUUCAAAGGCUGCAAACUUUUGCUUAAGGGGAAGAACUUGCUGCCCUCAGAAGGAAAAUGUGCAAAACAAAGACAGCCACAUUAUAUGCAACCCCCGGGCCGGUUACAAACAGCCCCUGACUUACGACCACAAUCGAAACUGGAAAAAACGUCGUUAAGCAUGUGCAGUUGUCAAGCAAGACACCCACAUGGCUGUGAUUGUGACUUUCCCCGCCUGCUUCGCCAUUUGCUUUGGGCUUGUCGGAAGCCGGUUGGUAAAGGUUGCAAAUGGCGAUUGUGUGACUUGCAGCAUUCACCGACUGUGGUGAAGGGCAAGCCAACGCCCAACAAUCACAACAGCCCUUGUCAAAUGGUCGUUAAGUCAAGGGCUGCCUGUAACUCGGACGAAAUUGACUGGAAGAAGCCUCAAGGGAUUCCGCCCUUCACCCCAAGACGGGCAUCCUUGCACAAGGCAUCACACAAGGGUCCACUCCCGUGACCAGCACUUUCCCUCCAGGUGUGCCUCACCUGUGCAGGACAGGAUGAAGCCCUCUGCAGAAAGCUUUUGCUGCUGAGGGUGGAUAGACACGUCCUCUCGGGCUGGGAGCGCAGCCUGCCGGGGAGCAGGUCGCCGAACCCCCAACUGGUUUAGGAUAGUAACAAUAAAGUUGCCUUCGUCAACCAGCA